CUGCGUGCUCUGUGCGAUGCUGGCGCUCGGAGCCCCCGCGGGGCGAGAGGGAGGGAGGGAGCGGGCGGACACCCCUGUCCCGUCCCGCCCCGCCACCGCCCCCCGCCCGCCUCCUCCGCCCCUCUGCUUCCGGGUUGCGGCGGUACCGGGCUGUGCCCGGGGCGGCGGGGCUGUUGCCGAGCGACAGCGCCGGGGCCCGGGCCCGAGCCUGGCCGGGCUCGCCCGCUCGCCAGCGCCUCCCGUGGGACGACGGCACCCGUGCGGCCCUGGAGCUUCCGGGACGCAGGAAACUGCCCCGACCGGUUUAAAAACAGCUUCACCAAGAAAGAACAGUUCACAGGGGAACAGAGAUGUCCAAUUGAAGUCAAACACAGGGUCUACAUCUCUUCAUAUGGAACAUGGAAUUCCAGGUGAUGUGCCUUGGUAGCCCAAGCACAAUUUUCUCAUCUUGAUAAGAAGAAUGAGAGAGAAACCAACAGGUGCUGGUGAUACAAUUGAUCCCACUGAAGAAGCAAUAAAUUGUGCCACUGACUGA